AUGAGCAAAUACUUGAUUCCGCUCAAGCAUUUUCUUACCUUUGGUGUGUUACCCACAGCGCCUGGAUUUGUAUGUUCAAAAUUAGGACUUAACGAAGUGAUUUGUGUAAAUCGAGUGAUCAUUAAAUGCAAUAGUCUAAGAAAGGAGUACGGUUUUGAAGCCAAGGAUUCAUCAAGGCAGUUGCAAGCGUUUGUAUGCCCAUCGCGUCGGUCGUCACAAAGCGGUGUACGUGUGAGGUUAGGUCACGUCCUGGCCACUGACAUGAGAUUAAAACCCAUAACAUCUGAUCAUUAA